AUGCCAGACGAAACGGAAGAGACGGAGGUGAGUGAAAGUGACGAUUGUCAGGAAGAGAUUACCACCACAAAAGGAGAGAUAUUGAAGUUCACAUCGGCUGCACUGAAAUAUGCUGGCAAAAGUGGGAAGAAAUUGAAAAAUUACAAUAAAUAUGUAAGAAUCGGCGAAAAAUAUCAUUUACGUUUCAAGAUGAUCAAAUGUAAUCAAACGCUUGUAAAGACUGUACUGCAUAGUUAUGGAUUUGAACAGUGCUCCUCAAAAAAUUCAAAUUGCAAUAUCAUUUGGACCGGUUCACAUUUGAAACCACAUGUUUUGCGUGCAAUGGCUUCGUGGCAGCGUGUGAAUCACUUUCCGAGAAGUUUUUUGCUAACGAGAAAGGAUAAGCUAUACGAAUGCUUGGGACGAGCUCAAACUUUAUUCGGAAGUUCUUACAAUAUUAUUCCGGAAUUUUUUGUUACUCCUAAAGAUUAUCGGAAAUUUGUUGAUCAUUUCAAUGCACAAUCUCACGGUCUGAAACCUUUCAUCCCUGGAGAUAUUCCACUUGGAUCUCCAAUGCUAGUUUCACGUUAUAUCGAAAAUCCAUAUCUACUUAAUGGACACAAAUUUGAUUUGAGAUUAUAUGUAUUAGUGACAUCUUUUUAUCCAUUGGUCGCUUACAUCUAUAGUGAAGGACUUGCACGAAACGAAAGUGCUGAUGCCGAGGAUUGUGGUCACAAAUGGACAUUGGGCGCUCUACUCCGAAAAUUGCAGAGCAACGGGAUAGAUACAAACUUGCUAAUGGUACGUGUGGAAGAUGUCGUAUUGAAAGCCUUAUUCUCUGUACAGGGGCAAAUCGCAGCAGCUAGUAAGAACGUCGUUGCACAUUCCAAAUGUUGCUUUGAAUUGUUUGGCUUCGAUAUACUGAUUGAUACUCACCUGAAACCGUGGCUUUUGGAGGUGAAUCUAUCGCCCAGUUUAAGUUGCGAUACUCCACUAGAUUUGCAACUUAAGUCAUCCUUAGUUUGCAAUGUUCUUACGCUUGCUGCUGUACCACUUGUUCCCCAGAAAUACACAGAAGGCCGAUUUCCUUCUUCUUGCGCUACUUUUUGUACUUCAAAUAUGAAGAGGUAUAUAUCAAAAGAUACAGCAUUAUUCAUUGCUCAGCGUUUAAAGAAAAAGUCAAUUCGAUGUCUCUCACCUUCCUUUAGUCCAACCAAAAUUUACACAAACAGCAAAGAGCGUUCCCGAAAUAGCUUAGAAAGAUGGAAAAUGGAACUUAAUCAUUUGGGUGCCUUUGUUCCAUUGUUUCCUCGUGAAAAUUCAUUCUACCUUUAUAGUUAUUUAAUGGAAGAUUACGAUACUGUCAACUGGGAUGCGCGCUUGUUUGAAGAUAUUUACGGCUAUACAUUUUCGGAUCCUUUUAGUGAGAAAACAGUUAAAUUAGUACAGAAAGAACUUAUGGAUUGCGAAAAUAUUGUGAAAACAGCUUCCUUAUCUAAUUCGGUGCUUGAAGCUCUAAUGCCGUCACUAAAAAUGGCCGAGAAAUAUACAUCAAGAAUGACUAAGCCAGGCAUAAAAUACGCAAAUAAAUUGCCGAAACUCAGGCCAGAAUUGCGUAAGAGAUCCGAUAGCUUUGAAGAAAUGGAAUCUAAAUUACGACCACUUGCGGCUAAUUAUGAUGACGUCGUUUUUGCAACAAGUCUUCAAAUUGACCAUUCUGCUUUUGAAAAGGCACUUGUUGAUGAAACAAGUCCAAAAAUCCCAUUAUUGGAAUUGUCUGGAAUUACCGCCUUCAAGACACGAACUAGUCCAUUGCCGGAAAACAAAGCAAGGCAACGUCUUGAGCCUGGUACCGAUGAAAAUGCUGAACCGAUGCGUACUGAAUUCCAGCAUCGACGAGAAGGAAGAAAUGAUGAUCAUGCAAUAAUCUUCCUUACUGCACAGUUUUUCCCACUUUUGCAAAAAGCACUUGAACCUAUUAAUUAAACAUUCUCUUGUCGACUUCAACCAAAUACCAUUCAUUGGCUGUUGCCACUGCAGGCACCGCCCACGAAUGGUUCUAGAACAUUCCUAAGACUCGAAGAUAUAAAAGGCUGUACGCGCUCCAUCGGAACACAGUGGCGAGGCUUCGGGGUGGAGGUUCGGAAUCGGGCUAUUGAGGCGGAAAUCGCCCAGCUGAUGAGUCUUAUCAUCAAUACAUUUUACAGCAAUAAGGAGAUCUUCCUCCGUGAAUUGAUUUCAAACUCUUCGGAUGCACUCGAUAAGAUUCGGUACCAGGCACUCACUGAACCAGCAGAACUGGAGACUGGAAAAGAGUUAUAUAUCAAAAUUACUCCGAAUAAGGCUGAUAAGACACUGACUAUUAUGGACACGGGAAUUGGUAUGACCAAAGCGGAUCUGGUCAAUAAUUUGGGCACGAUCGCCAAAUCUGGCACUAAGGCGUUCAUGGAAGCUCUCCAGGCGGGUGCUGAUAUCUCCAUGAUUGGUCAGUUCGGUGUUGGUUUUUACUCUGCAUUUUUGGUCGCAGACAAGGUUGUUGUAGCUUCCAAGCACAAUGAUGAUGAUUGCUAUCAGUGGGAGUCAUCUGCCGGAGGUUCAUUUAUCAUUCGACAGGUGAACGACCCGGAACUUACUCGUGGCACCAAAAUCACACUCUACAUUAAGGAGGAUCAGACGGACUAUCUUGAGGAGCGUCGCAUCAAAGAGAUUGUAAAGAAGCAUUCACAGUUUAUUGGGUAUCCGAUAAAACUUACCGUGGAAAAAGAGCGUGACAAGGAAGUUUCUGAUGAUGAGGCGGAGGAUGAGAAGAAAGACGAAGACAAGGAGAAAGAAGGUGAAAUUGAGGAUGUUGGGGAAGAUGAGGAUGAGGAUAAGAAGGAGAAAGACAAGAAGAAAAAGAAGAAAAUCAAAGAGAAGUACCACGAAGACGAGGAACUAAACAAGACAAAGCCUAUUUGGACUCGAAAUCCCGAUGACAUAAGCAAUGAGGAGUACGCAGAAUUCUACAAGUCACUGUCGAAUGACUGGGAGGAUCACCUUGCAGUCAAGCAUUUUUCAGUUGAAGGACAACUUGAAUUUCGUGCUCUGUUAUUUGUACCGCAACGUGCACCAUUUGAUUUGUUUGAGAAUAAAAAGACGAAGAAUGCUAUUAAGCUGUAUGUUCGUCGUGUGUUCAUCAUGGAGAAUUGCGACGAGUUGAUGCCGGAAUAUUUGAAUUUCAUCAAGGGUGUCGUUGAUAGCGAAGAUCUACCGCUGAACAUCUCUCGUGAAAUGCUACAGCAGUCCAAGAUACUGAAGGUCAUCCGUAAGAAUCUUGUCAAGAAGUGUCUCGAACUGUUCGAUGAGAUUGCGGAAGACAAAGAUAACUUCAAGAAGUUUUACGAACAAUUUUCGAAGAAUAUAAAGCUUGGUAUCCAUGAAGAUUCGACGAAUCGUAAAAAACUUUCGGAAUUCUUGCGAUUCUAUACAUCAGCAUCUAGCGAGGAGAUGACUUCACUAAAGGAUUAUGUUAGUCGUAUGAAGGAAAACCAGAAACAGAUCUAUUUUAUUACUGGCGAAUCUAGAGAAGCUGUUGCUAGCUCUGCAUUUGUGGAACGUGUGAAGAGACGUGGUUUCGAGGUAGUUUACAUGACUGACCCGAUAGAUGAGUACUGCGUACAGCAACUAAAGGAAUAUGAUGGGAACAAAUUGGUAUCAGUCACGAAAGAAGGUCUUGAAUUGCCUGAAAGUGAAGAGGAGAAAAAGAAGUUCGAGGAAGACAAAGUUAAAUUUGAGAAUUUGUGCAAAGUCAUGAAGGACAUUUUGGAGAAAAAGGUUGAAAAAGUUGCUGUAUCCAAUCGAUUGGUCUCAUCACCGUGUUGCAUUGUAACAUCUGAAUAUGGAUGGUCUGCUAAUAUGGAGAGAAUCAUGAAAGCGCAAGCUCUGCGGGAUUCUUCGACGAUGGGCUAUAUGGCUGCUAAAAAACACCUCGAAAUCAACCCUGAUCAUUCUGUCAUCAAAGCGUUGCGAGAGCGUGUCGAGACGGACAAAAACGAUAAGACCGUGAAAGAUUUGGUAGUUUUGCUAUUUGAAACUGCCUUGCUCUCUUCUGGCUUCUCGCUUGAUGAUCCGCAACUGCAUGCAUCGAGGAUAUAUCGCAUGAUCAAGCUCGGACUAGAUAUUACGGAAGACGAAGAAGAAGAAGUAGUUGCAUCUGUUUCUGGUGAGAAGGAUGAAUGUGUACCAAAUCUAGUUGGUGCGGAGGAAGAUGCGUCAAGGAUGGAGGAAGUUGAUUAA